AUGACGAAUUCUAACUAUGUGCCCGGUGAGCACCCUCGCGCUAUGAAAUGGGAUGCUCAGACUCCGACACCGAAAUUACUUUCUACACUACAACAACACCGAUGGAGGUUAGAUGGCAUGACAGCUCAAGAGGUUAUAUGGGUGCCUUAUGGUAUCAAUGUAGUACACAAUUUACCAUUAUCAUUGUAUCAUGGGUGCAUUCGUUACGCUUCCAUAAUUGAACCGUAUAUGCCAGACCGUGUUCUACGACAAUUUGGAUAUGUACAGACUCGCCCUAUGUGUCCAAUUACACCAAACAAGGAGAGCAAGCCGGCCCAUUUUUACUCCAUUGAAUAUCCGGAAUCUAUGAUGUGCUUUUGGGAUGAUCCUUCUUCCCAUUGUUUAAGUAUGCACCGUCUAGGUGAGGAUGCUUCUAAUCCAUGGGAUUGCUCUUCCGACUACAUGCAAUGGUUUUUACAAUGUUCACAUCCAAAGUUGCAAAAUCCUGAACAUGCCCCUAAUGGAUAUAUGCCAAGACAACACCAACUUACUGCCGAAGCGGUAAAAUCUACUAAGUUUUAUUAAGUUAUCAUUUUCCAU